GAUAAAUUAAUAUGUUCAUAUUUUAAUUUAGUUACUUGAAUGGUAAUCCUGUGUAUUGAUUGGAUAGAUUGGUUUCCCUAAUACCGAGUUGACAUGGUAUGUUUUACAGCUCUAUUCUAACAGUUAAGAGAGUAAGUAAUUUUAAAGUAAACAACCUUAAUCUUAAUUUGAUUUUCAACAGAUAAGAAACAGUCUAAAAAAGAAUCCAUAGUUAAUCUAAAAUUGUUUCAAGGGUAUUGGAUCAGACUGUAUAGUCGUAGAGCUAGCCAUUUGGAACACAUUGACGUAAUGAAGAACACUUGAGCUUCACUUGAGCUUCACUUGACGGUUAACGGUUAUUGCUUUCAUGUAACAUAUGUUACAUAUACAAGACAGCUGAUCUUAAAGGGAAAAGGCAUUUUUAAAUUUUUGAAAUCCCGCCAAUAGCGGCAACUCGCCGUCACUGAAAACGAAUCCACUUUUGUUAUCCUUACUAGUUGCAAUAUGGUCAGUUUUGGUCACGUGACGUGACUGUAAGUAUAAUGACGGAGAAAGACCUAUGGUACCACCACAAGGCACAAACUGGCACUCAUAUCUAACCGAACUUCCGAGAGGCGUUAUUCCAGUUUCCAUUUUAUACCAACUCAAAUGUCUUUUAGUGCGUUUAAACGUUAACCGAUUUUCCUAGGGUGAAAUAGUGACUGUAGGCUACGUGACUAUUGUGUAAAAGUGUAAAUGGAAUGUUGAAACGAGCGUUUGGAUACUCUGUUGUUGUGUUUUCCAUCAGUGCGUUUACGAUCUAUUGUGCUUCUUACCUCUCAGUAUCUCGACAGAGUUUUCAUCGAAAGUUUUUGAGCAAAGCCUCUCGACUAGAUGAUGCCAAUCUCCUUGCCAUUAAUAAAAGUAGUGACAUCGCACAAAUGCAACAUGAUACUUGUAAAGCGAUUCGACCUUUGAGUCACAGACGCAAGACAUUACUUUUAUGGACGCCCGUCUCCUUCACAUGGAGUAUCCGGUGGUCUUUGAAAAACUGCCCCGCGGUCAAAGGUUGCCGAUUAAUUAGCGAUCGGCGCCUUUUGAACGAGAGUGACGCAGUCAUAUUCCACUUCCGAAAUGGGUCAUUUGAUCGCCUGCCGACAUGUCGCCGGCCUGAUCAACGUUACGUUUAUUUGAAUUUCGAAUCUGCCAUUCGUAGUAGAAGUAGUUAUCCUUGGGGAAAGUUACCUCGACACUUUUUCAAUUUGACGGCCACUUAUAGAUCCGACUCUGAUUUCGUUGGAUUAGCCUUUGGUGGGUUUCAAUUUGAACCCAAGGAAAAAUUGACGAUCCAAAGAAAGGCCUUCGACUGGACAAAUUAUUAUGGGAUCAAUAUAACAUCCAAGACGAAAACAGCCGCCUGGUUCGCGAGCAACUGUAAAACGUCAAUCAACCGAGAAGGAUACGUCCGUGAACUUCAGAAAUACAUUCCAGUCGAUGUCUUUGGCAGAUGUUUGAAAAAUCCCAAGACCUGUCCCAGAAAAAAGCAAAAGGAGUGUGACGACAUGUUGAAACGAGAGUACCUCUUCUACCUGAGCUUUGAAAAUUCCUUUUGUCCAGAUUACGUCACUGAAAAAUUUUACAGGGCCUUUGAAACAGGAACCGUUCCAGUUGUGUUUGGCGGAGCCAACUAUUCCUUGUUUGCACCGGCACACUCCUACAUUAACGCCAGGGAUUUCAAGACACCCAAACUGUUGGCCGAAUAUUUAAUCCAACUCAGUCGGAACUUGGAUCUUUAUUCCCGCUACUUUGACUGGAAAGGGAAAUUCAACUUGCGAAAGAGUUCCGGAUGGGCUUGUAAAUUAUGCGAAAUGCUCCAUACGGAUCUCAGAGUGACGGCUGCUAAAAGUUACGAGGAUAUUGGGGAAUGGUUUUUCGAUAAAAAUACCUGUGAAAAUUAUCAAUGGUCAAAUGGGACCAGUUGAAUGUUUGGGAUUCCUUGUUCUGUGCGUUUCUCUUUGCGUUCAUAAGAAAAGUUUCGAAAAGAAAAUUCCCUUUCGGCGGCUGCAGAAAUCCCGCUAAGAGAAAUCCGCUGAUGGUUCCGUGAAAUUUAUUUCAUUUUUUUUUUUUUUUUUAGAUUUCAUUCAUUUAAAAUGGAUGCAGUGAAAACAAUUAGCCUACUACAAAUAAAAAAGAUGUCUUUUUGUGUAAUUGAUGUGUUAUCUCAAUCUGCUACUACAGAGCAAACCGAAGAAAAGGAUUUAAAAACCCAUGUUAUUUUAAAAUUUUUUAUUCAAGUCGUAAAUGAUCAAAUUUUUCGGGGUUAUCAAGUAUUUGAUCCCUCACUCGAUUGCAAUCUUCCCGUGUCGGAAAUAUCAAGGAGAACCUAAGUGGUUUGCCAUGCGGAAUCCACUAAUUGGUCAGUGAGAAAUCAGAAGAUUGCACCUUGCUGGUCAGCCUGACACUGUCGUAACUGUCGUAAGGGAGGACUUUCACUUGAUUGAGCUCGAUUUCUUGACUGAGGUGCUGGCUGAGGUGUUCCAGCACUUUAUUUAUGACUUCUUCAUUCGAAAUAAAAAAAUUUACGUAGAGAUGAGGUACCGUUUUGUUGUGAAUAAUAGCGACAUUCUUGUGCUGUAGGACAGUGAUCGGCGAGUAGUAAAAGAUUUUCUUUUUGUUUUUAGUUAUUUGACUGUCGUAAAUGUUGAUACAGAAGGACUCGUGCUGCACGGAAGAAAUUUUAGUCGGCGCCGGCUUAUCCGUUGAGGCGGUGCGAGUAUCAAUUGAGGUUGGGACAAUUGCCAUGACAACAAAAUCCCCAUCUGUAAUUACCAUUUGAAAUUUUCCAAUUCCAGGAUGAUUUGUCCAAUAAUAGUUUUGAAUACAUUUACAAUUAUGUGUUUUAUACCAA